AUGUCGCACGAGGCCCUCAACCCUAUCCAUCGUUCUGUUCUUCCCCACCUUGACCCUACAUUCGUCAAGCUCUACAAUGAACACGUCGCAAACACACCUUCCGGUCCAAUUGAUCUCGCCUUGCUACGAAGCAAAUACUCUGUCCUCUACUCUUACGGCACCGGACCAGCACCCGAUUGUCGGAUUUAUGACACCCAAGUCGCAGGUCACAAUGGCGAUUUGAUCGCCGUGCGCGUGUAUGAGCCGGAUUCCCCCGGUCCUUGGCCAGUUCAUAUCGAUUUCCACGGCGGAGGAUGGGGCCUUGGCGACCUCGACACAGAGUCCCACAUCUGCAAACACAUCUGCGCCAAGGCAAACGUCUGCGUAAUCGACGUGGCGUACAGACUGAUACCCGAACACGCAUUCCCGAUUGGAAUCCAAGACUCUUUCGACGCCCUGCAGUACAUCCAUGGCAACAGCGCGGAAUUCAACAUCGACCCAACCCGUAUCUCACUAGGAGGCGUCUCAGCCGGAGGGAACAUCGCUUUGAUCUGCGCACAUCUCGCCCGGGAUUCCAAAAUCCCCCUCCGACUAGUCGCAGUUGGCACACCGACUAUUGACGAUAUCUCCAAGUACACUUCUGCCGCCGACGCACCGUGGCCAUCAAUGCAGGAGAUGGAACACGCGCCUACGCUGAACUGGGCAAGACUGAAGUGGUUUGAUAAUUUGAAGUGGCAGAGUUUGGCAUCCGAGGGACCUGUGAGGGAAGCUCAGAUCACAGCUAUGAAGUGGUAUGCCAAUGCGCUCCAAGCACCGGACUUUACUGGAUUGCCGAAAACUGUUAUAUACACGGCUGGGUGUGAUCCCUUGCGUGAUGAAGGUGAGGCUUAUGCGAGACGAUUGAUCGAGGGUGGGAAUGAGGUGGUUCAGAAGCGAUUUGCUGGUGUUCCGCACCCUUUUAUGCAUAUGGAUGAGUAUCUGUGGCAGGCAAAGGAAUUUAUUGAUUUGACUGCGGAGCAUAUUCGGGCGACUUUGCAUCGGUGA